UUCGGGUCCCUCUUGGGGCGCGAGCCUGGAGCGCGAGCGAUGCCUUCUGCUGGCGUUCUGAUUCUUUUCCUCGCGACGAGCUUCGUCCUCCCAGGAAGGAACCCUUUGACUCUGGAGUCAGUUUAGCCGAAAGAAACCCCCAAGCCCGAGGCGUGGUCCGGGCCUGGUGGGUUUGCCAUCUCCCUAGGGUGCCAGUUCAUUACUCUUACAAGUAGUCUGGAAAAGCGUCGUGGACUGAUUUCUGCAGCUCCAGUGGCUGCUAAAAAAACUUGGCGGCAGCAGGUCAGGCAGGUCUCUUGUUGAUCAGUUGGCAACCACAAGUGAGAAGAUAAAAUAUUGUCAUCCAUGGCUGCAUCAGGAAGAGUGGCUACCUUCCGUUUGCCACCUCUCCCAACAAUAGGAGAGAUUAUUAAGCUGUUCAACCUCAGAGCUCAAAGGCAGCUGUCCCAGAAUUUUCUUCUGGAUCUGAGACUUACAGAUAAGAUUGCGAGACAAGCCGGGAAACUGAAAGGUGCCUAUGUUUGUGAGGUCGGCCCUGGGCCAGGAGGAAUCACAAGAAGCAUUUUGAACGCUGGUGUGGCAGAACUCCUGCUAGUCGAGAAAGAUCCUCGUUUUAUUCCUGGGCUCGAGUUGCUUUCUGAAGCUGCUCCAGGAAGAGUUCGUAUUGUUCUUGGAGAUAUUUUGGCAUAUAAAUUGGACCAAGCAUUUCCAGAUCAUCUUGUAAAGAACUGGGAAGAUGAUCCUCCAGACAUACAUAUUAUUGGAAAUCUGCCUUUCAGUGUUUCAAUCCCUCUGAUAAUCAAGUGGCUUGAGAAUGUAUCCAAAAGAGAUGGGCCUUUUCGAUAUGGUAGAACACAGAUGACUUUGACAUUUCAGAAGGAAAUAGGAGAGAGACUGGUAGCUAGUACGGGAGCCAAGCAGCGAAGCAGGCUUUCCAUUUUGUCUCAGUACCUGUGUACAGUUCAGAACCGUUUCACAAUUCCAGGAAGAGCUUUUGUUCCAAAGCCAGAGGUGGAUGUGAGUAUAGUUCAUUUUACACCAUUGGUGCACCCGAAGAUAGAACAGCCAUUUAAAUUGGUGGAAAAAGUCGUUCAAAGUGUUUUUCAGUUCAGAAGGAAACACUGCCAUCAUGGUAUACGGAUUUUAUUUCCAGAAGCUCAGCGUUUAGAGAAGGCUAAACAGAUGCUCAUGCUGGCAGAUGUUGAUCCAACUCUAUAUCCCACUCAACUGUCUGUGUUCCAUUUUAAAUCCCUUUGUGAUGUCUAUAGGGAAAUGUGUGAUGAAGACCCAAAUCUUUUUGCAUAUAAUUACAGAGAGGAACUGAGAGAGAGAAAAAAACACAAGACCAGCAAAUAUAAUAGGACUGAAGACAAUAAUUUGCUCUAGUUACUUGUCUAAAAUGAGCCAGAU